AUGCUUUUUCGUCAAAAGCCCUAAAUAAACUUGGGCCUGUGGCCGCGGUUUGCUUCGGGAAGGUUAUCCAACGGGCAAGACCGCCGAAGGAACCUCAAGCCGAGCGCCUGCACUCGACCGCUGGGCCGGAAAGGAAGGGGAUAACAAACAAAAAAAGAAAGACGGUGCGCGACAUUUCGAAGAUAACUUGCUCCCCGGCGACGAAAAGAAGAGGCCGAUCAAGUUCCGGCGAAGCUCGCCGCACGGUCUAAACGACGUCGCGCACGCUACCGACCGACUUGACACCCGAACUCCAGCGACUGUAUAGUGUUUCGCGGAAAUCGUCUCAUCUGGUGCGUUUGUAGUAGGGCGGCCAGGUUUGUUCGUUCGUUUUCGUAGUCUACCGCCUCGCGGGAGAACCAGUGCUUUUGCCAUUCAAGAUGGGAGACGCAGGACCUUACUCCGACGGCUACAUGGAACAGGAAGAGGAGUGGGAGCGUGAGGGACUACUCGAUCCGGCAUGGGAAAAACAGCAACGCAAGGUGAGUCCACCUUUCACGGCGUGGUGCAACUCUCACCUGCGCAAGGCGGGCACCCAGAUCGACAACAUUGAGGAGGACUUCCGCAAUGGCCUGAAGCUGAUGCUGCUGCUGGAGGUGAUCUCGGGCGAGACGCUGCCCAAGCCCGACCGGGGCAAGAUGCGCUUCCACAAGAUCGCCAACGUCAACAAGGCGCUGGACUUCAUCGCCUCCAAGGGCGUCAAGCUCGUCUCCAUCGGCGCCGAGGAGAUUGUCGACGGCAACGUCAAGAUGACCCUCGGACUCAUCUGGACCAUCAUCCUCCGCUUCGCCAUCCAGGACAUCUCCGUCGAAGAGAUGACUGCCAAAGAAGGUCUGCUGUUGUGGUGCCAGAGAAAGACGGCCCCCUACAAGAACGUCAACGUCCAGAACUUCCAUCUCAGCUGGAAGGAUGGUUUGGCUUUCUGCGCCCUCAUCCACAGACAUCGUCCCGACCUCCUUGACUACGGAAAGCUGAAGAAGGAGAACCCGUUGGACAACCUGAACUUGGCUUUCGACGUUGCUGAGAAGCACCUGAACAUUCCCAGGAUGUUGGACGCUGAAGACAUGGUGUACACAGCCAAGCCAGACGAAAGGGCUGUGAUGACAUACGUGUCAUGUUACUACCACGCCUUCCAGGGGGCGCAGCAGGUAAUGGAAAUGGCAGUGAACAUGAACAGCACGGCCAUGCCCGACGAGCGGGCCAUCAUGACCUACGUGUCGUCCUACUACCACACCUUUGCCGGAGCUCAGCAGGCUGAGACCGCAGCAAACCGCAUCUGUAAGGUGCUCAAGGUGAACCAGGAGAACGAGCGGCUCAUGGAGGAGUAUGAGCGACUAGCCAGUGAUCUUCUGGACUGGAUCCGACGAACCACGCCGUGGCUGGAGAACCGCACGACGGACAAUACGCUGCCGGGCGUGCAGAAGAAGCUGGAGGAGUUCCGCGCCUACCGGCGCACGCACAAGCCUCCGCGGGUGGAGCAGAAGGCCAAGCUGGAGACCAACUUCAACACGCUGCAGACCAAGCUGCGGCUGAGCAACCGACCGGCCUACCUGCCAUCCGAGGGCAAGAUGGUUUCGGACAUCGCCAGCGCCUGGAAGGGCCUCGAGACUGCCGAGAAGGGAUUCGAGGAGUGGCUUCUGUCUGAGAUGAUGCGACUGGAGCGCCUCGACCAUCUGGCUCAGAAGUUCAAGCACAAGGCGGACAUCCACGAGGAGUGGACGCGCGGCAAGGAGGAGAUGCUGCAGAGCCAGGACUUCCGCCAGUGCCGCCUCAACGAGGUCAAGGCCCUCAAGAAGAAGCACGAGGCCUUUGAGAGCGACCUCGCCGCUCACCAGGACCGCGUCGAGCAGAUCGCCGCCAUCGCGCAGGAAUUGAAUGCCCUGGGCUACCAUGACGCGGCAACGGUGAACGCACGCUGCCAGCGCAUCUGUGACCAGUGGGACCGGCUGGGCACGCUGACACAGAAGCGACGCAGUGCCCUCGAGGAGGCCGAACGAGUGCUCGAGAAGAUUGACCACCUCCACCUGGAGUUUGCCAAGAGGGUGGCACCCUUCAACAACUGGCUGGACGGGGCACGCGAAGACCUCGUCGACAUGUUCAUUGUCCACACCAUGGAGGAGAUUCAGGGCCUGAUGGACGCCCACGAGCAGUUCAAGCAGACCCUGGGUGAGGCUGACAAGGAGCACAAGGCCAUCAUUGGGCUGGCGCAGGAGGUGCAGGCCAUCGCCAGUCAGUACCAGGUGCCCGGCGGUGUCGAGAACCCCUACACCACUCUCACCUCUCAGGUCGCAAAGUGGUCCGACGUGAAGCAGCUGGUGCCCAAGAGGGACCAAGUCCUCCAGGCUGAGCUCAUGAGGCAACAAUCCAAUGAGCGCCUGCGCCGCAAGUUCGCCGAGAAAGCCAACGUUGUCGGUCCCUGGAUCGAGAGGCAGAUGGAUGCUGUGGCGGCUCUUGGCAUGGGUAUGCAGGGUUCACUGGAGGAGCAGCUGAAGCGGCUGCAGCAGUACGAGCAGGCGGCGGCGCAGUACAGGCCCCACCUGGAGGAACUGGAGCGCACCCACCAGGAGGUGCAAGAGGCGAUGAUCUUCGAGAACCGGUACACGCACUACACGAUGGAGACCCUGCGCGUCGGCUGGGAGCAGCUCAUGACCUCCAUCCACCGCAACAUCAACGAGGUCGAGAACCAGAUCCUGACGCGCGACUCCAAGGGCAUCACCCAGGAGCAGCUAAACGAGUUCCGCAUGUCCUUCAACCACUUCGACAAGAACCGCACGGGCCGGCUGACGCCGGAUGAGUUCAAGUCGUGCCUCGUCAGCCUCGGCUACAGCAUCCGCAACGACCGCCAGGGUGACGCUGACUUCAGGCGCAUCAUGAACAUUGUGGACCCGAACAACACGGGCUGUCACUUCGAUGCCUUCCUGGACUUCAUGACUCGGGAGAGCACCGACCGAGACACGGCUGAGCAGAUCAUAGACUCGUUCAGGAUUCUGGCCGGUGACAAGCCAUACAUCACCGCAGAGGAACUUCGCCGUGAACUUCCACCGGACCAGGCGGAGUACUGCAUCCGACGCAUGGCCGCUUACAAGGGACACGGCUCUGUCCCCGGAGCGCUGGACUACAUGUCAUUUUCAACGGCGCUGUACGGGGAGAGCGAUCUCUAGAGAACUUGUCGCAAGUUUUCGCUUUGUUAUUUAUUUUUUUCUUUUCUCUCUGUUGACGAAAAAAAGAAAGAAAAGACGACUAGGAAAAGGAAAGAAAAUUACUUUUUUUUCCUCCCCCACUCCUGCGAGUACUGUGGGAAGGAAGCUCGUGGCAGGGGGCAGUGCAGAAAAGAUGUGGAACAAGUCGGUCCGAGGCUGGCCAUGAGCCAACUGUUGUCAAUAGGAGGUCCAGCCGGGAAGCCAGCUACGAGGCAGUGUUAGUGGCUGGGAGCUGGUUUCUUACCGUGACCGCGUAGUCCCUCUGCUACGUUAUUUCAUUUCUUGGCCUGUCUUUCUAUCGUAUUGCCCCAUGGCAGGUCUUAGGUUUGCACUGGGUCAUCGGUGGUGCCAGUUCAAAAGUGUGAAAUGCAAUGACGAGAUGGAACCUCUAUCUUAUCGGAAGCCUGUAGUCCAACAUGAAGGCCAAAUCGUUGAGGCAUGAGGUCGAAAAUUUUUGAGGCGGUUAUUGCCAUCCCUGCUCCUGCCGUGCCUCGUCUUUCGAGUGCGCAGUUCGUUUUAGUGCUGCAGUGCAAGCUAUGGGCUCAGGUUUUGUAAAGGCAUGCUUACUUGGAAACCGACGGUAAAAAUCUCGGCGUGGAAUGAGUCUCCGACGACACCGGUGUAAUUCUGAUGCUUUGCUUGAAACUAAGUCACUGAAAUCGAAAGUCUACAGCGGCGUUGGCACAAUAUUCUGGCGUCGCAUUCGGACAGGUCUGGAGAAUCGAAUAAUGCAGGAGAAAAAAAAUUAGGCUUCUGUACGCCUGUUGUCACCUUUUGAUCAUCUUUUUACUUUAUAUUCUGAGGAUAUUUUCGGCGUAGCGAACUUUAUCUCGCCAAAGCCCAAAGCUUUUGCGGCAUUUACGAGGUUGUGAGCCCGAGUGUAAAAGAUAACAUUCAAAAUGUGUGAAACGACAAGCUUCUGCAUUGCCCCUAAGACUUGUAGCAGUCUUCGUUUGGCACAGGCCGUAUCUCAAAGUAGGCUUUACACUUUCUUCUCACUUUUGUUCAGAUGUGUGCGGCAGCAGCAUCUUGUUUCACGUAGACAAAAUUCACAGCCUCGCAUAUAUACCAGUCACUCGAAAAACGAUGUAAAAAAAAAGAAAACGCGCACCUCUCCUCAGUCUUCCCGACCAAGCCCAAACAUUUUUCUAUACCGUACGCGGCUGCCGACUCUAUGGCCACAAGCCCAAGGAGUAGUCGUCGUAACCAAUUUUCGUACUGCCAGCAUAGCAUGUGAGUCGGGAGCAUGCUACCUCGAGGUGCUAAUUAACAAAAUAACAAAACCCAGCAGCGUCCCGUUAUAAAUAUCAGCUCGUUAGUGCAAAACGAGUGACAUCAUAUCAACCCCUUCCCGAGCUGCUGUCAGCCUUUCUGCCAUUGCUUGCACAGCUGUAUCAAAUGUGUCUGUGUUUUCUUUCUUCUUUUUUGUCCGUACAUCGGGGUUGAAACUGAAACUCGUCACAGUUUCCAACGCUUAGUUUGUUUCAAAUCUAGUGCUGCAGUGCUUUAUCUUAGGCGUCAGUGCUUUGGCACUAUUCAGUUCUACUGGCGCUUGAAACGUUCAGAGGAUCCAUUGUAGUCUUGACGUCGUCCUGAAGGUUUCUGCGACAAAACGCAAAAACGGGGCGGAAUCGGAACUUCUAUCUUGCUCAAGCACUCCUUGCUUCUCUUUCAAUGUCUGCUUUGGACUUCCAUUGUCACUUUUCUCGUCGGCUUAAAGUGAAAAAGUAACAGAUUGUCCUUGUCACUUUUGUUUUCAUCUUGGAAACAAUAGCUUUUCUUCAGUUCCCAACUGUUUCUCGUAUUUCUUUAUCUAUCUCUAUCAAAAAGUUUUUCUAUGGGUGUCAUAAUCUCCCAGAGCUAGUCUAGAGACUUCACAUAUAUUUAAAAUGUCGGAAAGGAGAUUAAGGAAAGGUAAUAACGAGAAGUGAGAAGUGGCGUCGGUGUGGCGGCGGCGAGGUGUCGUUGCGUGUCGUACCUGUCAUCAGCCGUCAGUGCCUAGGUCUUGAAGCGAUUGUCGGGCAAUCCUCCGUAGAACCCACCACGUCGUCAUCUCGCAUCUAGAUUUUUUUUUCGUCGCCCACGAAUGCAGUUCUAUAGAUCCUUGUGUUUCUAUAGAUUACAUACUAAUGAUUUUUUGUUCUUUGGGGGGUUUGUGUCAGUGAUGCGGGGCGCCGAUGCUGCCAGGCUGGUUGUGCGUUGUGUAUGUGUGUGUUAGUGUGUACGUCGUACUUCUCGGUAUGUUUCUUUGUAAGCGCGUGUUUGUGUGGUGACUGUGCAGAUUUUCUUUUUAUUCCCAUUCAAAAGUUUUUCAAGAGCAACCUUUAUUAUGCAAGGAAUAAUCUGGAGAUUGAAAGUUGCGGAAUGUUCUCGACAUGCUAGCAGGAAAUAGACGUAUCCACACAAUGAAGGCCUAGUAUUGAGACAGUUCGUCAAUUGUGAAAUUAGUCUAAGCACCAAAAGGUUUUCGUUUGCCUUGAAAUUCACACUUGCGCAUGUUGGACCUGCGAGCUUCGUGCAUUUGAACCACGUUAUCGGCACUCACCUACGAAGUGAUGCAAGGUACAUCUGUGAGAGAUGAGAAGUGUCAAACUAUACACUAAAUAUUCAUAAGACUUGUCCAUUUGUGCCAACUAUGCAAUUCUGUAGCCAGUAUUGUUUCAGUUUUGACUGGACUCGGACGUGGCUGCGGCUUGACCCUCACAUUCAGAAGCACGCCUUACACUACAAGCUGCAACUUGAAUCGAUGAGAUCUGGCUGAUGCAAUGGCCAAGACCAUGAACUACUCAAGGUGCUCUUCGCGUUUCCGUGGUACACCCAUGUCGAGCAUUGACGUUACGUCAGCAGUUCAGUAAAGAAGGGUUGUCUUCUAGGUAAUGUUUGCUAAUGAACAUUGGGGAUCGGUGUGUCAGUCAGACGGCCAUAGGAUCUUCGUUCUUUUUCUUGACAUAUACAGGACGUUGAAAUUUGUUUCUAGACAGAUUUCAUACUUUGGUAGGUUUCUCAGUGUGGUCAAGGGAUUAGGUCGACGAAAAACGGGAUGUCCAUAGUGCGUCGAGUCGCAGUUUGUCGAAGGCCCGUACGCUGAGUGCCGGAUGUGCGUAACCUGUUUGUGUGUGCGUGUUUCUUAACGUGUUGUAUGUGCUCCACGACUGCGAGGUGCCAAAUGUAGACAGUGUACUUUUUUCAGACUGCCUCAUUGCUAUGUGGCUGUUGCCAAGUUCAGAACUAAUUCGUAUACCCGAGAGGACUGGAGACGUUUCUUUUCUUCUUUUUUGAACGACGCACUGCACAAGCUUUUGCUUAUGUCAGGAAAGCUGAACAACACGCACUUGAACUCUCUUGUCUCGAUCGUAUUUAUACAUGACUCUGCAUCGCUCUAGGUUGUGUGUUACCAGCUGAACAAGAAACUAAAGCCUGUUCUUGUUUCGAAACAGCAGUGUGUGAAAUUUUUUUUUUCUCUUUCUCUCUGAGUGCGAAACGUACUGGCCUGGGUUAUAGGGGGUUAAAUGUGCCCAUACACACUUGUGGAACAUGGUGAAAACCACAUAUCGUCGCUCGCCUGCAAAUUGGAUGACUUUAUUAUUUUUUUCUGGCUGUAAUGAAUAAAAAACAGUGUUUGAACAUACUG